AUGGCACACUCUUUGUUUUGGCCGGGGAAAUAUUUCUUCUACCCCAUAGGCAAUACCUCUGCCAUCAGCUUGACACGGGAUUUUCCCCCGAGUGUGCCCGCCAGUCUCCUUUUGCUCGGUUGCGGGGAUCCUCGUAACGUUCUCUAUACGACUUUCUGUGAGCCCGCGCAUGCGAACCGAAAACUCGACUUCACUUGCUGCGAUUGGGACGGCGGGAUAUUAGCACGCAACGCGCUGCUGUUCAGCAUGAUCCUUGACAAGAUCCCCCAGGAGACGAUUUGGAAUGUGUUCUUCCACAUGAAGCUGGAUAAGGACUCACAUGCGGUCCUUGUUCGACAAUCCCAGAAGCUCGCAAGUUUCGCGGAAUCUGAGCCGACCUGGCGGACGUCAGAGUACGGUUCUCUUCUCAGAGUCAGCACACCCCAGACCUUGACCGAACUUCGCCGGCAUUGGCUACUAUAUGCGGAGAUGGAACAACUUCCCGCGCUGCGCCACAAGGCCAUACUGGCAGCUUUCAAUAAGCACCGAAACUCCGUCCUGGGAGGCCAGACGCCGACUGCCGCGGCUCGGUCUGCUGGUCCCCUCAUGACAUCUGCCUUCGCGGUCUGCGACGAGGUUUUCCGGGGCUACUGGAAGAACGGUGUUGCCUCCACGAGCCCGCAGACCAUUAGCGCGGCGACCUUACUCAACCCGACCUUCGUGUACUCCCGUGGCGAGGAUGCCUGCUCUACUCAUUAUGGUUUAACGCCCAUUACGCCCUUCCACCUCGAUGCACUCUUCGCGAAAGCAAAGGGCGAACCGACCCUGUCUGACGUGUAUAAGCACAUAAUCAGCCAAUUCAACGGCUGGUGCGACGCGUUCAGCAGGCUCGCGAGCUCCGAGGCAACGGCCCCCAUCGUGCGCUUCCUCUGGGGCGAUGCAUUGACUGCCGCGCAAUGCCUACGCGCUUUCACCCUGACGGAGACACUUGACAUCGGCACCCCAGUGUCGCAGUGGAAGACCCAGCUUCUGCAGCUCAGCGGCGAAGAAUAUAUCGAGAGCAGUGCGCCGACGAAGUUCAACAUCGUCGAUACGUCAAACCUCAGCGACCAUCUUGGCCUGUUGAACAUCCUGAUUGCUGCCGCUCCUUUGGUUUCUGCUCCGUCGGGCGUGCUCUACACUGAGUCUUUGUUAUAUCGAGCGGAAGAUGCUACGAAGGAGUUCAACGAUGCGCUGCAUGCCGACUUCGCCGUUUUUGCUCUACUUACGGGCAUCUGUCCAGUCGACUACCUGUCAGGUUUCACGACACGAUCGAAUGUUCACGAGUUGAUGGCAUACAUGGCCCUCAAGAACAAUUCUCAGCAGUUCCACCAAGUGACGACGUGGAGAGCCCCGUCCUCUGGCGACUCGGGUGCAUUACUUCAAAGAGUACCAACAUUCGACUCGCGCCAUUUGGCUACAUUCUUGUAUGACAUGUACCACUCGUUAUUCGAGCAAGAGGACUCCAAGCACUUCUGGCGCAUUCAUGGCGACAAAAGUCGAGAUGACCUUAUGCGAGCCAUUGGAUCAACGUCGAUUACACAUCACACCCGCGAGACAUUCGUUCUUCUGCUCAAACUCGUCAAGGGACGCCUAGCACUCGGUGCACCUGAGUGGGCCUCCGUCAUGGAUUGGUUUUUCAUGAUCCAUGAUGCGGACCGCUCUUUGCCUAUGGACGCAAACAACCGCAACGACCUAUGGGCCCACUUGUUUCGUCACGGGCUCUACACCGCGGCCUAUAUCCGCCCUCCAUUCCCACCUCUUGGUCCCUUCGCAUCAUGGCAGGACAUUCCGGUUCUUGUCCGUAUUGUUCUUGUCAUCCCUCGCGAGCACCUUGCCAUCUUCGAGAGUCGGGGGAAAGACGCCGGAACGCCUCCGCUCAUAUGCUACGUCGAGGGAAAGGCCACGCACAACAUCUUCUCCAGCGUACACGUUGCUUAUGGACGCGCAGUUCGAAUGGGGACACGCGGGCGACCAUGGGUCCGGUUUGAGGAAGACAGUCGCGGGCGGGAGGGCGAAUCACCACUGGUCGCCUCUUUCGUCAUGCCUUCACACCUCCUUGUCUGCUUGGAGAAGCCAGAGGGGAUCAGGGUACACCUCGCCCUUCGAAGCCUUCCGGCGACCGUUAGUUACAUAGAGAAGCUCGGCCUGUCGCUGUCCGUAUUCUCUGCGCCUCUCAUGGACCCUGAUCUCGUGCACGUCUUGCCCGAGCAGCCCCUUCCGUCUCGCGCACUUCAGGAAGAGCCUGUCAACUCACCGGAACUUUCGUUGCGCCAGGGAACUAUCGGGACCGCGAAUGCAGUGUCCGUUGAGCUCGAUGAGCAAUGCGAGCAGGUCUCUGUUCUCGUGUCGCGUAUCUUGGUCCAGGAUUCGGGAGUGAGGGAGGCCUUUCAGAAGGGUGUAUCGCCGGAGAUAAGACAGGCCUCUUCUUGCGUGAUGAGAGUUUCUUUGAGCGGCCGAUCUCAGGAUGUCGCCUUCCCAUUCCCCGUCAUCGGUUCGUUGAACAGGAUGCGACUCGCCCGCAAGUCUCUUUACAUUGAGGUACUUGUGCCCCUGUCAGGUGGGCUCAAAGCGGACGGCAUGCGUUUAAACCUCUUCCCGGUUCUAUCCUCUUCACAAGACGCUUCCCAGAUUCGUGCAACACUCCCGUGGGGCAUUCAUCGCUUGGACCUGUCGACGCAGCCGCGGCUCAACCUCAAGGCGAAGUCGCUGAAGAAGUGGCUCGACCCGCACCUUGGCGCGUCUCUCUCUGCGAGCGAGCGCUCCCUUGUGAAGAAGCCUGAGAAGGCCUCCUCUUCAGGUACCUACGCCAUCUUGGCUUUCCUCAAACAAACUCUGCACGCGAUAUUUGUCCGCGCAACGGGGAUACAGCAGGGUGCACCCGCUCGCGUCUUCAACCUGACUGAUGAGGCGACACACAAUUGUGAUACCAUCAUACUGGUCAACGAAGUGCGACACGAUGUCGCGUGUCAUACCGUCGUCUGCGACGCGUUCGUCUUGCCUCUGACACCGAGGCUCAUCGAGCGCAACAAGCGCGCGUUUCCGGGGCUCGUUGGGAACGGGCAAGCUAUCAAAGCUCCACCGGGUGUCAUAACCGCCUGGAAGCAACUGCUGCCCGCACUCGUCGAGCGUUGUCGUACAUGGGAACAUGGCCCAAAUUGCGAAUACGUCGCAACUGGCUGCGUGCCGCUUACAGUGGAAAUGGAGCAUGUCCCUAUCUGUAGCUGCGGUGCCGGUAAGGACGUCGAGGAGAUGAAGAAAGACCCAGCUUGGCGAGUUUUUGCGCCGCACGCCACCCGUAUUGCGAUCAGCCCACUGUUCGCAGUGUCGUAUCUAGAGCGCGUCGCUCGCGAUCCUGAGGCUCAUCGAUGUGCUCUGUGCAGAGGCAGAGGCAAACCGAAGCUCAAAGCAUGCACGGGAUGCAAAAAGAUCCGGUACUGCUCCGAGGCUUGCCAGAAGGCGGACUGGAAAGCGCACAAGUUGAAGUGCAACACGUAG